AACUGCACGUGAUUUUCUCAGCUGUCACAGUCAACAACAUGUCGACAACGGAAACCAUUCUUAAAGAUAUUUUAGAGAUCCAUGGACGAAUUCUGGAACAUAGACCUGUUAUUCAAGGGGAUAUCAACUUCUUCAUUAAAGAGUUUGAGGAGAAGUACAAAGGACAAGAUUUGAACCGCCUGAGGGCAGUUGAGGAAGGGUUCACUCGUAUGAUAGACUCAGGCGUACCAGAAUGUGAGGGGCUGUUAGAACAAAACACGCAGAAUGUCCUCAGAAAAGUCAAGAAAGCUACAGAAAUGUGUGACAAGAUAGCAGAAAAGGAAGGAACAAUUGAGGCGGAUUUUCUGAGGACACAGCGCGAAUCCCGUGCUGAAGAGUGGGCAGAGUUCAUGAAGAUUCAGUUUGAAAAAUCGGCGGAUGUAGAUCGGGAUUUCAAUCAACAAACGGAGGCGAUGAAAAAACAUUAUCAGGAACUGGAAGAAAAACUAAAACUUCCAUUACGAUAAACAAGGUGUUUAAUGAAAUGUCUUUACGAGAAACAAAGUAAAGUUUUGAGAAUACAGUGUAUAAAGUGAAGCUGGCUUCAGGUGGAGGCUGAGACAAGCCAUGCCAACAGGUGGAAACAGAAAUUGAAACUAAUAUCAUCAUGAUGGAUUCUGUCAAAGCAAACAAUACCUUCGCGUGGAAAGAAAGAAACUGAAACUAACAUCACCAGUCGUUUGUGAAAAGACGUGUCAUCAUGUGCAAAUAGAAACUGAAAGUAAUAUCACCUGGUGGAGGCUGUGAUGAGACAGCUUCUGUAGUAGCCUGGCUGUUGAGCUAAAAAUCUUAAGGCGGUCAAUUUCAUUGCUGAAUGAUUCGAGUUCAAAGUUCAUACUGUGCAAAACCACUAAAGCCUACUGGAAGCCUUGGUGAGAUGUUGACUGUUUUAUAUUUAUGCCAUU